UACACUCACACUCACUCACACUCACACAGUUACACUCACACUCACUCACACACUCACACUCACACAAACAGGACACAAUGUAGGAAAGUGAAACACCGGGGCAUUAUGGGAGCAGGUUGGAUCCCAAGGAGUUGAUUGGAGUAGAAAUGAACAACCUGCAGUUCCAUUCCUGCUGCCCCGGGUUGGGGUGCCACCUUGUUGCCCUGCAAGAGAAUGAACUGGCCCCUCAAAAUAGAGUGGAAGAUGGAGGACGGGGGCAACACAGACUGGAUAAAGUUCCAUCUGCUCAGCAAAUCGACAGACCUGAACUUUGUCUCCCCUUCCGACUUGUUCCUGAGGAACCUCAGCAUGAUGGAUUCUGGGAGAUACACCUGCACCUCCCAAGGUCACGUGCUAAAUGAAUUCCUGCUAAAAGCCAAAAGUAAAGAGAAACACUAUAUGACAGGUAUGUACAACAGUAACAUAAGUCUCCCAUGUGGGGUGGCCAUGGCUGGUCAAUCUCCCGAAUGGCUCAGAAUAAAUGGAAGGAUGAAAGGACGAUUCAAUGUGCGAGGGACUGACCUGGAGAUUGUUCGGCUGAAGUACGUUGAUCAGGGCUGGUACUCAUGCUCCUUAAAUGGCUCCACUUCAUAUACCUACCUACAGGUCCUCAACUCCUCAGCAGAAGCUCCCACUUUACAGAAUCAGGAGUUCGCCAUUGGAGAGAGUUUGGCACUUUCCUGCAAUUUGACUCACAAUUGGACCAAAAUCUCCUGGUUCCGAGACUCACAGCCCAUCCUGAGUGUGGAAAGGGGGACGGGCGCCAUGUUGCACCAGGCGGCACUGAUCCAAGGGGUCCCCUAUCUGCUUAUCCCCUCUGCCAGCCGGCAGGACCUGGGCAUGUACCACUGCUUCGGAGAUGGGAUGGAAUCAAGAAUUUGGCUGAAUGUGACCCCGCCCCUGCCAACUCCCACUGGCAUGGAGAUGUUCCUGAAGGGCAGUUACUGGAUCAUUGUGGCCGUGGCCGUGGCUUACGUGGGAUUCUGCUCAGUGAUCACCAUCUGUUACAUGUUGUGGAGUCAGAAGGAAGAGGCUGGUUCCAGGGAAGCAGAGAGCAGGUUCUACAAGGUCAGCACCUUAAAACGAAAUGUCUACUUUGGAUCCCGUGACCACAAUCAAGAAACAGACCCAAAAGCAGUAGAAAUGGACUAUCAGAAUGUGGCCCAAAUGCCCCCCAAGGAAUGCGGCAGUGACUGCUUCUCAGAUAAAAGCUCCUUCCUGGGGCCCUCAGAGGAUGGAGAUUCCUAUCUGGAACCAAACGUUGGGGACCCCAAUCUGUCUGAUGGAGUUUCCUAUGAAAACGCUGACCAGGAGUUGAGUGCUGCAGACAGCUCAGAAGAUGGAGAAUGCUACGAGAACGCCAGUGAGGAAACAAAACAUGGAUCAGGGGGGUCCCAGUCCUAUGAGGACAUGAAAGGAUCAUUCUACGUGAAGAAGAAGGGCGGAGACAGUCAGGAGGAGAGCAAAUUGGAAGGGGAAGAUGCAGAUUCGUACGAGAACAUGGAGACACCAGUCUACGCCCUACCCCACCAGUCCUCAACAUCCAAUGAGAAACCGGCAGAGGGACGCGUGGCGGCAAUGUACGACGACGCGGGGUCACCCCAUGGGUUCAGCAUGGCAUCCAUAGACCAAGUUUAGCUUCUCAGCAAUGAUGGAGGACGUUCCUCCUGGACCCUCACCGCCAGCAGCGCCCGACAGAUCCUUUUCAGCGUGGGGAAGAGCUUUGUGCCAAUCAGUGGAAUCACAGUGCCACCCAAAUCUACCGACCAAUCAGGUGACUGCUGCUCCAGGUCCGAGCUUUAUUGGCUUCCGCUUCUCUGGUCCCUUCACAUAUGAGCGAUAUCCCAUAUUAUAGAAAGUGACAGCCGGACGGUAUCAGAGCUUCUCCUCACAGGCUUUUGGCAGCAGAGCUUACAAUCUAUCCACUGACUGCGGCUCUAGGAAUCAUUACCAAAGCAGAUCUGAAUGCUGGGAAACUGUAAAUACACAGAACGUAUCUGUGCAACACAAGAGCUUGCAAUUAAGCCAUGAAAUCUUCCCAAACAGAACCAACUAAUUAGUACUGAGCCCAAUUACUGGUUCUACCUAUAGAGGUGUCAUUGUAUCCUGUGCCAAUGUGAUGCCCCAGGGGGGGGGGAUGGGGGCAACAAAUAAAGUGUCUCAUUGGUUCCUGCUGGU